AAAAAAAAACUUAGAACAAAAAUUAUCAAAUUACGUGCGUGCUUUAUAAAGCCAAAGAGAAAUAUACAACGAGUGAAUGUGUUCGAAUAUUGUUCUACGAAUUAUUUAAAAAUAUGUGUGCAAUUUAAAAAAAACUAUGGAAUCGCAACAACAACAACAACAACAACAACAAAAAAAUCAUAAUUCGUUAUCACCCGAUGUAAAUCGUUCGUGUGAGAAAAAUCAUCGUGGAAAUGGUUUGGCUUCAGCUGAGUUUUUGUCCGAUGAUGAUAACUCGGAACAUAAUAUUGACAAUAUGAGCUAUAGCCAAGAACAAAUUCGUUCGAUGAAUCAGCAAUUAGUUCAAUUGAAUCCGGGUCUAUCAUAUCAACAACAAAUACAAGGCAAUUUACCAGAUCAAGGAAAGUUGCAGAAGAAUGCAGCAAAGCUUUUUCUCAAUGGACAUAAUAUAACAAAAGAUAUCGUAAUGGAAGACAGUGAACAACAAUUGUGCAGUAUGUAUCCGUCACAGCAGCAUUCUGACUACAUUAUAGCUGAUUAUAUGGAUAAAAUUGCAACACGUAUCAAUAUACUUGAAACUGAAUUAAAAUUUGCUUGGAGUGCUCUAGACCUUCUUUCAAGUGAGUAUGGUAAAAUGUGGACACGAUUAGAAAAAUUGGAAAACAUAUCGAUUGAACAAAAGUCUGUGGUGGCAAAUUUGAUGGGUUUAUAUGGGGCAACUAGUUUGAAUGGAAAUCGCACAGCGACAUUUCCAACAGCCCGCGAAUUUACUGAGAUGAUGGGAGAUUUACGAAAUGAAGCUCUUGGCGAUUAUGAUACAGUUGACGGAAAUGCACCAAAUUAUGAUUUUGAGCGCAGUCAAACACUUUUUGAUGAUACUAAAACCGGUAUGGAUAGUGCAAUGGCAGCCAGUCGUAUAAGUGUAGAUAUCCGCCAAUUGCAAGAACAGCAAAAGAAAAUUGAACAAAAUAUUCAAAACAACGAGCGAUUAUUCGAUGAACUUAAUGCUUUAUCAUAUUCAUCUAAUCCAAAUAAUCAACCGAUAUUGGAUGCUAAAAUGACUGACACCACAAACUCGCAUUCGUUGCGUGAACUGUUAGGUAGCGACUGUAUAAAAGAUGGACUGGAAGAAGGAAUUGAUUUGAUGCAACGAGAACGAUUAAAGCAACAAUAUGGUGAUCAAAAUGCAACCAAUUGGUAUAUGUUUCGGAACUUAAUGCAGAAUGAAACUCAAAACAAACGUACGGAUGCGGAUUUUUUUCGGUCGGGCGAAAUAAAUCGGGACCUGUAUAGCAAUCCAAUUCAAUCCAAUGCACCGAAUAUAUUCGACGAUCUGGUGUGGCUAGAGCAGCAACAGCAACAAAAUAAACUACUGAGUAUUGGAAGCGAUGGAAAUAUUAUUGAAAUAUUGUUACCCACAGAGAAUGUGUAUGGCGAACAAGCGACUGGCAUUUCGAGGCCGGUAUCGUCAUUGGGUAUGAUUUAUGAAGAUAAUGAAGAACAAGAAAAUGAACAUCAGAGCUCUGCUUCUGAAGUUGAUGAGAUGCGACUCUAUGCCAAUGAUCAGAAAAAGGAUUUAUCACAAUCACCGUUAAGUGAUGCGAUAAACAAGGAAAGCGUCAAUAUGAAGAAUCAAGGAAGAAAAGCUAAAAAGAAAAAAUCACAUCGAAAGCAUGAAUUAGAUGGUGCUCAAAAUUUUACAAGUACAUUGAGUGAAGAGAAAACUCCAACAUCACCAGUAAAAAUGACAAAAGAAGAAACAAUCACAUUCAUUAUAGACGAAAUUUCAAAAAUCGAAGAUCUUUCACUUUUCUCAUUGGUUCAAAUGAAUAGUGUAAAAGAUUUAAUCGGUAAUGAAUUUACAUUUUUCAACAAAAUUAAUCAAAACAACAAACAUUUGCUACUCAUUCUAUUAAAUCCAAUUACAUCAUCGGACAUGUAUGAAAAUACACAGCAAAAAUGCGACCAGAUAAUGCAAAAAUUGCGCAAAAAUAUGGGAAUUUUGCAUACAAUGUUGGAUAAUAAAAAUGACUUAAGCGAUAUUAAACCGAACGAAGCAAUCGAUAUUGAUGAAAUUUUGGAAACAUCUAGUAGCAUCAUUGAUGAUGACAGCCGAAGCGAAAAACGUUCCACCACUGAUCUUCCAAAAUUACUACUGUCCAAACGUUAUGAUCCACUCUCAUCAAAAAACGAUGACAUUUAUAGUCAUAGUCGGAACUUAAUUCGCGAUAAUUUUAGCUUAAACGAACAACUUAAAUUACUGGACAACAAAGAAAGCGAAAUAAUAUGCAAGAAAUCAAUUAAAUCAAUUACCGAAGAGCUAGUAGCAAAUGAACGAAAGAAUUUACUUGACAAUUUUGAUGAAAAUGCGAUAAUAUGCGGAGCAAAUCGCACACAAUCUCUCUGUCAUUUAUCAUCAAUUCGAAAUGAUUCGUAUCAAUAUUCCAGCAAUAGCAGUAUUUACAGCAAUGAUGAAUAUAUAAAAUCAUUGAAAAAGAGUCUGGAAAGACAUAAUUCAAUGUUAUUCUUAUUGCAUCUUCAAAACUCAAAUUACCAAAGCAGCAACGAUAUUCGCACUGAUGCAAAAGAUACGCCAGCAGGAUUAAAAAUGAUCGAUGAUGAAAUUUUAAAUAAUGGUGGACAAAGCAGUCCACCACCACCAGCACCGAAUGGUGAAAACUCAACUGAAAUCUUUCCACAAAACAAAACCAUUCAACAAAGACAAAUCCAAGAUGCAUCUUGGAAUCCAUUUUAUACACCAUCUAUUCAGCAACAAGAACCACAACCAUCAUCAAUGAAUCCAUUUCAUGCGGAUCUUAUGAAACAACAGUUGCAAUCGCAAUGUGAUAGCAAAAAGGUGGAACCUCAACACCAAUCGCAAAACUAUUUAUCUUCUACUGGAUUAUGUAUCAACAUGGAGUUAUCGCCGAAGAAAACAAAAAGCGACUCAGGUCUAUCGUCUAUGAGUGGUUUUUCAAGUUUGGAAAAAUCGCCAAAUUCACCAUGUCACAAGCCACGUAUACCUAGUGCACAAGCAAAUCUACAACCUCAUUUUCAAACACAACCACCAUUAUAUGCAAUACCAUAUAAUAAUGAAACAAAAGGCACAGAUAAUGCUGACAAAGUUGAUUACAUUUUCAGCGAGGAGAAUUUAAAUUACAUUCGCGAACUAUCAAAAAACGUACCGAUAUGUUCAGUUUUUGAGAAUAAAUCAAUUUUUAACGUUGAUCAGUCGCGAAUGGCACACGCACAAAAUUUUUCGUACGAUCAAUCAACUCAACCUCUGCCCCUGGCGCCUAUUAAUAUGACAUACUAUAAGGUGCCCGAUAACAUUUCUUAUGAAUUUCCGCAAUCUGACAAUGAUUUAACUUCAAUUCAAAAUCAACGAAAGAUCUAUCAAGAUAUGCGUAUUCGUUCAAUGACCGGUUCAGUAUCAAGUUUAGCUGCAUCAGUUAAGUCACAAAAUAGAGUCACCGAUGACGAAAGUUCCCAACCGAAACAAAAACACAAAAAUCUUACCGACCGUUUAGUAUUUUAUCCUUCAUCAAAUAAUAUGGCUGAUUAUAAUAGCAGCAUGAAUUUGAACUAUAUGGGAUAUACUAAAGAUGGCCCGGAACCAGAACAGCAACCACAAUCUCGGCAACAGUAUUAUGUACGACAAGCAUCUCCAGGUGAACAUCGAAAGCAGCAACAGCUACACCAAGAACAACUACAACAAAAACAACAACAGCAAAAGCAACAGCAUGAUGCGCACAUGCACCAAGAGGAUAUUGGUGAUGUAAGAACUUAUAUGAGAAGUUCAUCGGUGCCUGCCCGAACUGUAUACUAUCCUGAAUAUGGGGAACAUUCUGAUGGCAGCAAUCGAUACAUAGCAAAUCAACAAGGAUACGUUUCGAUAUCAUCUCAACCAAUGCAACACUAUGUUCAAGUUGCAUAUCAAAAUGAUCAGCAUCCUGUAGUCGAUAAAAAAGAUCCAACAAUCGCUGGUAAUCAUAAGUAUUUAAAUAAAUUCUCUCAAUGGAUACCAGAAAAUUUGAAAUUGAAAAGAAUUUCAAAACGCUACAGAAGUCAUUCGUUACCAGCCGUUGCUGAUACCGAUGAUGAUUCAAUUAUACAACAGCUACCAAAAGUUAAGGGAAUGCCCAAUUUUCAACAAAACAAACGGCACUAUGGUAAACCACAAAAAGAUCCAAACACCAAAUCAACAAUGUUUAAAUCUCCAAUUAAAUCUGGUCGAUCGUUUUUACAACGAAAAAGUCUAUCGCUUUCCACUCCAUUGGCUCGGGAUGAAAAUAAUAGUAGCAAAAAGAAAAGAAGAUCAAUUACAUCGACAAUGACAAAUCUUAUGCAAAAAGCAAACGUUUAUCGACGUCACAGUUUUUCACACUCAUCACUAUCUAAUGAAUAUACAAAAUUGGGAGACGCACGACAAAUGGGCCAUAAUCAAAUUCAAACAGCUGGCAGUUCUUCUUCAAAAUUUUUGAUUUCGAAAACAACCAGUCAGACGUAUAGUCAAUCGGACCCUGAAUCAGUUUAUUCCGAUUUUCUAUCUGAUAAUGAAGAAAAAAGUGCAAGCGAUACCGGUGACCGUGAUAUAAGUAAUGCUACCAACAUAUUCGCCACUAUGGAUGAGUCUGCUGUACAUCAACGUUCAGAGAGCAAAGAACACGAUCAAGUGUUCCAAACGAUAGGGGAAAUAAAACAUUCAACAGCUCCAACAUCUGGAGUUUCAAAUAUAUCGUCCCAUUCUCAACAAAAUCAUAGUGGAAGUGAAUUAAGCAGUUCAAGCACAAAUGGUGACAAGGCAACACCAUCCGAUCCAAAUGCGAAUCAUGAAUCAAAUGACAAAUUCAUAUUUUCGAGUACCAGUAUGGAAUUUGCAGUGAGUCGAAAAAUUGCAAAAUAUCGACAAAAGAAUGUGAGUUCGGAUGAUAUAAACGGACAAAAGCAUCUCAGUGAUGGCAAAAAUAAUUUAACUGGCAGUAGUAGCGGUGGCAGUGGUGCAGACGGAGCCGACGAAGAUAUCAAUUUCAAUAAAAGUCCGUCGGAUGCAUCUUAUUCAAAUAAUUUAAAAGAUAUGAAUAAUGGAGCACAACGAUUGUAUCAGCAACAACAACAACAGCAGCAGCAACAAACAUCAUUACCAUCGUCAUUAAAACAGUAUUCAAACAGUAAUCAGAAGCAUUUGAAAAAGACAAAUUCAAUAUUUGUCGAGGAUGAAUUCUUCGGCGACCGUCAAAAUGACAACAACAAUAAGAAACAUUUACCAACAAUUGUGAUGCAACCAUACCAACAACAAUCGAAAUCAAGUUCGUUCUUACUUUCUGCCGAUCGAAGUAAUCAAGCAAGCAAUUUAGACAUACCGUCACGCGAUGACGAAGAUAAUAAAAGCCAACAUUCCGCUCGAACAAUGUCGUCCUCACGACGCCAAAGUACUGAGGACAGCAUCGAUACGGAUGAUGAAUACUUCUGCUAUGAAUUGAGAAAGCUUGAAGAAAUGGAACGUCGCAGUCAGUUGGAGAGCUCGAAUUUGAGUAGUAACGUCAACGAGGAUAUACAACAAUCGUUACUCUCAAAAAUUGACGCAUUAAAUACAGGCACCGACAUUUGUAAUGUAGGUAUCACUGAGUAUAACCAAGGUGGUGAUGAUGAUAUGAUGCUUAUGUAUUACAAUACCGAGGCCGAUAAGUAUCAGCCGGAUGAAGAAGUAAAAGUAAAAAUGUCAUUUGUGCUAAGUGAAUUGAAAUUAUUGGUACAAUCUGGUGAACAUAAAAACGAUCGUGGAAAUGCAUAUCAGAAUUUUGGUCGUGUAAUUGACUCUUCGUGGCAGCACCAGCCGCAAACAAAGCCACAAAUUAAAGAAAAAUCUGAACAAAAUUUGACUAGACAUAUUCAAGCGGUCAAUAGAAUGAAGACCAAUCGUGGACAGCUCGAUAAAACAAAUACAUCUGAGGAAUUUGAUAAUGAUUUCAUGAAUGAACUGAAUCAAUUUGAAUUUGAAAUUAACAAUGAACGACAACGAAGACAUUCACAACAACGAAAUCAAUACAAUGGCGAUCAAAGUGGUCGUUCAAAUGGAGCAAUAACCGGAAAAAAGGUGAUGCGAAAAAAACGACACACCAAACAAAGAACUGAUGAAGAUAACGUUCGCAAAGGUCACUUUCGUGCAAGUAAUAAAUCAAUAAAAACCAAAAAAGAUGAACCCAAAGACGAAUACUCAUCGAGUCCAUACUCAUCCGAAGUUGAAACAUCGGAACCGGAGAGUCUUGAUGAGGAUGAUAUCCAGUCUAAUGAAAUCGAUAAAUCAUUACAGCAACAACAAUACCAACCAGAAACAUUUGACGCUAAUUCAAAAAACGGGCAUUUCGUUGAGGCCACCAAAAUGUUGGUUAAAUCGGAGCAGUAUAGCCAACAAAAUAAACAACGAUAUUAUCCAAUCAACGAACAAUUUGACGAAGGGAUUAGCAAUGAUGGUGGCCGCAUUGUGAGUGAUAUCGAUGCAAAUUUUGAUGCUCCUAGACAAGAUAUGUUUGACGCGGAAAAAAGUUCAAUACAAAAUGUUGACACAGAAAUUGGUUCACCACCAACUACCGAACAAACAACAACAACAUUCCAUAAAGGAGAGAGUUUAACAAGCGAAAUGAGCACAGACGCGAUUUACGAUGAUACAUCGAUCGCAAAAGAGCACCAAAGAUCAAUUGAAUCAAACAGCAGCGAAACAUCAACAUUCAAAUCGAAAUUGAACAAAGUGCUAAGCCAUGAAUCUAGCCAAGACAGUACAAAUGGCGGUUUCGGCAGUAGUAAAUGGAAAUUGUUAAAAACACUUAAAGAAAAGCGGAUUGAAGAGAAAAACAAUCAAGAAAAGAUUAAAGAAGAAGAGAGUGCGAACAAGAAUAAGAGUAGUAAUGGAACUGGCGCAAGUGAUUCAACUGGUCGCGGUACUGGACAUCCUAGCGAUAAUCCAUUUUACAGUAAUAUCGACAGUAUGCCUGAUAUUCGACCAAGAAGAAAAUCUAUUCCCCUUGUAUCAGAACUGGUACUCAAGACAAUGGCAGCAACAAAACGCAACGCAGGUUUAACAUCAGCUGUUCCGCGGGCAACUCUUAAUGAUGAAGAACUGAAAAUGCAUGUGUAUAAAAAAUCAUUGCAAGCACUUAUAUAUCCAAUAUCAUCUACGACACCACAUAAUUUCGUGCUGUGGACAGCAACAUCGCCAACAUACUGCUACGAAUGUGAAGGUCUGCUUUGGGGUAUUGCAAGGCAAGGUGUUAGAUGCACUGAAUGCGGAGUUAAAUGCCAUGAAAAAUGCAAAGAUCUAUUGAAUGCAGACUGCUUACAAAGUAUGCUUUUAAGAGCCGCGGAAAAAAGCUCAAAACAUGGUGCAGAAGAUAAAGCAAACUCAAUCAUAACGGCAAUGCGAGAGCGUAUGAAACAACGGGAACAGGAAAAACCAGACAUUUUUGAAUUGAUAAGGGCUGUUUUUAGUGUUGAAGAGAAAAGUCAUUCAGGCCAUAUGAAAGCGGUUAAGCAAAGUGUUUUGGAUGGCACGAGUAAAUGGUCGGCGAAAAUUGCAAUUACAGUAAUUUGUGCGCAAGGAUUAAUAGCGAAAGAUAAAAGUGGAACAAGUGAUCCAUACGUAACGGUACAAGUUGGUAAAGUAAAGAAACGCACACGAACAAUGCCUCAGGAAUUAAAUCCAGUUUGGAAUGAAAAAUUUCAUUUCGAGUGCCAUAAUUCAUCGGAUCGAAUAAAGGUUCGAGUAUGGGAUGAGGAUAAUGACUUGAAAUCAAAGCUGCGACAAAAGUUAACAAGAGAAUCAGAUGACUUCUUAGGCCAAACGAUUAUUGAAGUGCGUACUCUUUCAGGCGAAAUGGAUGUAUGGUAUAAUUUAGAAAAGCGUACGGAUAAAUCCGCCGUUUCGGGUGCUAUCCGAUUGCACAUUAGCGUGGAAAUUAAGGGCGAAGAAAAGGUUGCACCAUAUCAUGUGCAGUACACUUGUUUACAUGAAAAUUUAUUUCAUUAUUUAUGCGAGGAACAUAGUGGAAUGGUUAAAUUGCCGACAUCUGAGGAUGAUGAAGCAUGGAAAAUUUAUUUCGAAGAAAUACCGGAAGAAAUUGUUGACGAAUUUGCAAUGCGAUACGGAAUUGAAAAUAUUUAUCAAGCUAUGACACAUUUUCAUUGUUUAUCAACAAAAUAUCUUUGUCCGGGCGUUCCGGCUGUUAUGAGCACACUAUUGGCUAAUAUUAAUGCAUAUUAUGCUCAUACAACUGCAACAACUGCUGUGUCAGCAUCUGAUCGCUUUGCUGCCAGUAAUUUUGGUAAAGAUAAAUUUGUUAAACUAUUGGACCAAUUACACAAUUCCCUACGCAUUGAUUUGUCGAUGUACCGGAAUAAUUUCCCAGCAUCGAGUCCAGAAAAACUUAUGGACUUAAAAUCCACCGUUGAUUUGCUAACAAGUAUCACAUUUUUUCGCAUGAAAGUACAAGAACUGUCGAGUCCGCCUCGUGCGAGCACAGUCGUUAAGGAUUGCGUAAAGGCCUGUCUUAGAUCCACCUAUCAAUUCCUGUUCGAAAACUGUUAUGAACUCUAUAAUCGGAAUUUUCAGGAGGAUCCAAACGAGGCUAAACGCGAUCCUGACGAUCACGGUCCCAAAUUGGAUAGCGUUGAUUUUUGGCAUAAGCUAAUAGCACUUAUAGCUUCAGUUACUGAAGAGGACAUUAAUAGUUAUAGUACUGUCCUCAAUCAGUUCCCUCAAGAACUGAACAUUGGCCAGUUGUCUGCUGCACAAAUGUGGAGUCUCUUUGCUGUCGAUAUGAAAUAUGCGUUAGAAGAACAUGAGCAACAUCGCUUGUGUCCAUCUUCUGCCUAUAUGAAUCUUCACUUCAAGGUAAAAUAUCAUUAUAAAACAUACGUCAAGGACGUGCCACCAUAUAAGGGAGCGGUUCCAGAAUAUCCGGCUUGGUUUGAACCGUUUGUUAUGCAGUGGCUUAACGAGAAUGAUGAUGUUUCAUUAGAAUAUUUACAUGGAGCCUUCAAUCGAGAUAAAAAGGAUGGCUUUCAAAAGAGCUCAGAACAUUCGUUGUUCUCGAAUUCGGUUGUUGAUGUGUUUACACAAUUAACGCAAUGUUUCAAAGUUGUCAGUAAAUUAGAAUGUCCCGAUCCGGAAAUUCUAAAGCGAUAUAUGAGACGGUUUGCUAAGACAAUAGUCAAGGUGCUAAUAGCUUAUGCAGAUAUUGUGAAGAAAGACUUUCCAGAACACUUAAAAGACGAACGUGUCGCCUGCAUCCUAAUGAAUAAUAUCCAACAGUUACGGGUACAACUAGAGAAAAUGUUUGAAUCAAUGGGUGGUAGUGAAUUGGAAGUAGAUGCAGCUAACAUACUUAAUGACUUACAACAAAACCUCAAUACAGCCCUCGACGAGCUUGCGUCACAGUUUGCUGAUAGUUUACAGCCCCGUAUCAUACAAAGUGUUCGUGAACUUGGCGAUUUAUUACAGAAUAUUAAGGGUAGCAGUAAUUUGAAUAACUCCAAUCAGGCAGCUCCACGUAAUCAGGCAGUUGCUAUGGAAGCUGAUGAGGUAUUGCGUCCAUUGAUGGACCUUCUUGAUGGAUCGUUAUCACUUUAUGCUCAAUCUUGUGAGAAGACUGUGCUCAAACGUUUACUUAAGGAACUAUGGAAAAUUGUGAUGCGAAUUUUAGAAAAGACAAUCGUUUUGCCACCAAUGACUGACCGAACGAUGAUGUUCAAAAAUUUAACGGACAAUGCCAAGAAUAUAGCUGCAAAUGCAAAGAUCGAGGAUAUGUCACGAAUUUUCAAAAAUCAUAUGGCUGGUAGUAGAGAUGUGAAAAUGACACUAAGUGGUGUAAUGGAUAUAUCAAAAGAGGUGGAAAAAAAUUUAUCGCCAAAACAAUGUGCCGUUCUCGAUGUGGCUUUGGAUACAAUUAAACAGUACUUCCAUGCUGGUGGUAACGGCUUGAGAAAAAAUUUCCUCGAAAAAUCACCGGAACUACAAAGCUUACGUUACGCUCUCAGUCUGUAUACACAAACCACCGAUCACUUAAUAAAAAUAUUCAUUACAAGCCAAGUACAUGAAGCCAAACACCGGAGCUUUGUUAUUGAUGAUGAAGUCGAUGGCGAUAUGGAUCUAAAUUUGGAGGAACCAUUAAAGGCGAAGUUAAAGCAAAUGCCUAGCCGACAAGAUUCACAAAAUCCAGACGAAAGCGUUGGUGAAAUCUCAGUUCAAAUUGAUCUAUUCACACAUCCGGGCACAGGUGAACAUAAAGUCACUGUUAAAGUUGUUGCCGCCAACGAUUUGAAAUGGGUUAUUCAAUCGGGAAUGUUCCGACCGUUUGUUGAAAUCAAUUUGAUUGGUCCCCAUUUGCAAGAGAAAAAACGGAAACACGCAACCAAAUCAAAAUCAAACAAUUGGUCACCCAAAUUCAGUGAAACAUUCCACUUCAUGAUUGGUAAUGAGGAACAGUUGGACUUUUUUGAACUUCAUAUUUGCGUUAAAGAUUAUUGUUUUGCACGCGACGAUCGCUUAGUUGGUGUUGCCGUCCUACAGCUUAAAGACAUUGUUGAGCAGGGAUCGUGUGCACGUUGGUUGUCAUUAGCAAAACGUAUUCAAAUGGAUGAAACUGGCUGGACGAUACUGCGCAUCCUAUCACAACGUAAUAACGAUGAAGUGGCAAAAGAGUUUGUGAAACUGAAAUCAGAAAUCCGUCAGGAACCUCCACCAAAUCCAUAAAGAAACAUGAUCCGAAUUACGUCUGUAGAAAAAAAAAAUCGUUUUGUUUUGUUAUUUUUGGUUCUUUCUUAUGGACGAAAACGAUAUAAUUACGAUAAUGAAAAAGAAAAGAAGAAAUAUGACAAAUCUGAUGCCGUCAGCAUACUUCGAUGGAUAGCCGCAAGUGUGUACUGACUUUUCUCUAAUUUAAAAGAGUUUUGUCUCUAAAAAAAUCUCAACUAGAUUUUACAAUCAACCAAAUUGAACGCUGUUUAAUUUCUUAGAUUUUUUUUCUAGGGAAAACAUAUAAAAAACAAACAUAUAUACGAAAGAAUUUUUUCAAAUCUUAAAACUACAAAUUAUGUUAUCGCGAGAAAAAAAACAUCCAAAUAUUGUUGACAUAGAUGUUUGCUACUCAGAUAUAACUCAAAUUGUAAAUAUAUUUAUCGGAUGAGUACAAAUAUCGUAUAUUUCUAAAUCGAUAGUUCCCCCGUGUAUCAUUAAUUAUGUAAAACAUAAUUUUAUUUUUAUUUUUUAUUAUACUAUAGUCCCAAUCAACAAUUUUUAAUGCAAAAUCAUCCACUAUCUGGUCACAGGUUCACGGUUCAUUUUAGUGGCCGAUUUGUGUGUAUUUUCAAUGUCAUAAUGGAAGGUUAAAGAAGAUAAAAUUACGAUUUUGUAGCUGACAUUUUUGUGUGAUGCGUCACUCAAAUAAAACUCUCAUUUCAAUAUGAAAGUUUUUUCUUUGAAAGAAAUAUUAACGAGUCAACAUUCAUUUAUUCGAUCGUAAAUUUUUUCGGCAUAAGAACUAUUUUUCUAUGAUUAUUUUGGUUUAAAAUUCCUUAACCCUCCUAGGUAUAGAGUGAAAAAAAAACUUGAACGGAUAGAGUCGGUCCAUUGGGACCGCCCAUACAAAAUGUAUGAAAAGUCUAUGAAAUGAACAAAAUUAUAUUUCUUUUUUUGUUGAAAUUUUCAUUAUAAUUUUUUUUAAAUGGGAAAAAAAGUUGAAAAUAAAUAAUUUAUGACAAAAUUAAUUGGAAUCUGAUGAUGCAGUUCAUACGGACGCUUUUUGGUGCAGUUCGUACACAUCGCAAUUUUUUCGGAAUGUUCACCACAAACAUUUUUCAUACAUUUGCUGCACUGUGUUCGCGUCUUUCCAUUGAUUUUAGUGGGACAUAAAUGACAUACACUUUUUUUAUCUUGUUUGGUUUGCUUUGUUGAAGUUGACGGUGCUGUUGAACUGUGCUCAGUACAGCUCGAUGCGCUUUAUUAAAUCCAUAAGUAGAUCUGCGUGCUAUUUGAUCAUACACCAAUGCUUCUGAUAAUUCGAUCAAAAAUUUCUUGCGUUGAAAUGAAUAUCGAUCUCGUGUAAUUCCAUGUUUUGCAUUAUAAACAAUGAACGCAGCGAGUCCAAAAUGUGGAGUCCAUAUACAUUGAUCAAGUUCAUGAAGAAAGGCCAACGAUUUCUGCCUCGUUGACAUGAAUAGCUAUGACACAGUUUAUCUGAAUGAUCAACGCCACCUUUUGUGCUGUUAUAAAAUGUAUUGAUUACAUCUUCAGAACCCACACUUUUGAUCGACAGCGAACGAAUCAUGUUUGUGUUUCUUAGCUUAUAUACACAUAUACACAAAUUCUUUCUUUUUUAUUCUUUGCUACAUUGCUGAAUCUACUCUAUAUACACCGUUUUAUAACGCAAAAUUCAGAAUGUGCACUGUUGACAGUUUUGAAUUGUUUUAUUUUUUACUGUUUAUAUGAGAUUUUCAUGCAUUUUGUAUGGGCGGUCCAAUGGACCGCCACUAUACGUUCUAGGUGAGAUUUGGUUUUAUCAAAUGUCCACAACAUAUACAAUUAUUUUAUGAUAGAAACAGUAUGCACAUGAAUUAUAAUUUUCUGUACGAAUAAUCUGCCCGAGAAAUUUUGAAUUUUUUUAAUUUACUUCGAUUUUUAUUCAAUUUUUUCCGCCUCUAUACCUAGGAGGGUUAAAAAAAUAAUCGAAAUUCAAAAAAUUGCAUAGUUUACUAAAAAAAUGCUAUUGACAAAAUUGGAGAACAAUCGAAUCCAUUGUUUAAACUGCUAUAAAAUUGCUAUAAACGAAGAGAGAGAUAAUUUUUUUGUCAAAUUUCUGUUUUCGCGUACAUCUGUGUUUAUAAUUAACCCUAAAACCGUCCUUCUGCAAUCCACCUUAAUCCCGUCUUUGGGGGCACUCAGUGCCCGUAGUGUAUUUUGUAUGAAAAAAUUAAAAAAAUUGAAAUUUUUUUUGGAAUUUUUUCGAUAUUUCGAGAAAUCUUGUGUCUAAUCGUAAACUAAAGACAUAAAUGUGCGCAUCGGGUCGGCAGCUACGUUUUGUAUAUUGUGCUGACAAAAUAAGUUAAUAUUGGCUGAACAAAUUUUUACUAAAUUGUAUCACUUCGUCUUGGGGGCACUCAGUGCCCGUUAGUGUAUUUUGUAUGAAAAAAUGGAAAUUUUUCAAUUUUUUAUUUUGAAUUUUCUCGAUAUUUUGAGAAAUAUUGUGUCAUUUCGUAAACUAAAGACAUAAAUGUACGCAGCAGAUCGGCAGCUACGUUUUGUAUACUGUGCUGACAAAAUAUAAUAAAUAUUGGCUGAACAAAUUUUUGCGAUACCGAUGAAUUCGACCAGUUUCAUUUUCAAAAUGGCAUUUUACACUGUUCGCCUUUAAGUUUUCUCUGUUAAAUUUAUCUGAGUAUGGAAAUUCACAUAUAAAUGAAUUGAACACGAGACAUGUUUGUUGUGUAUAUGUACAAGUAAAUCGAAGCCUUUCAAUGCAAAACACAAUUUCGACAGAAUUUGUUUAUAAUAAAUUAUUAUUCUUAUUUGAAUGUCACACGGAACACCGAACAACGUAACAAGUGUAUAUAUGUUUGUAUAUGAGAACAAUCGAUUCAUUCGUGCACAAACAUUUUUUACAAUUCAGCAAUUUUCCCAUACAAAAUAUAUGAAAAUAUACGUCGGGCACUGAGUGCCCCAAAGACGAAAUGACCAUCUUUUUUUUGCCGGCCAUUUUUUCGAAAACCAUGGCGUGAAUAGAUGCAUAUUAUAUAUUUUUGAGUAGGAACAGAGGCCAACAACACGAAAAAAAUCGGGGUUUGGUGAUGUUUUAUGAAAAAAAAUGGUUUAAUUUUAGUUUGAAAUUUUGCUCGGGCACUGAGUGCCCGAUGGACGGUUUUAGGGUUAAACAACUGCUUAAUUUUCACUUGUCAAAUGACCGGCAAAUGAAAGCCUGAACCCUGCUGAAUAUAUUUUAAUUGAUAAAUAGAAUCAUUUGUUUUCAAUUAUUGUAUAUAUUUUGGACAAUAAUUUAUACACCCUGCCUAAAGGCAGGGCUAUGCACUAGAGGGUUAAACUAAUAACUCAUCAUGCUAAUUCUCUGAACACAAUUCCAUGAAAAAAAAAAGUUAGAUUGUAUCAGCAUGCACAUCCAUUCCAUAGAACUACGAAAAGAAUAUUCGAAAUUCUUGUUUCGAUUAUGAAAUUAAAAAAUGUUGGAAAUUACACAUUUAAUCUACGUUCCAUACUCAGAAAUUGAACAGUGUAAACACAAAUGUUUGUUGUGUGAAACGUCGAAUUACCCACACUACAAUAACAAUGAUGUGAAUUCGACAUUUUACACUGUGUGUGUAUAACGUCAGUGCAAACCGUCAUUUUACACUUUGAUUUUGUAAGUUCAGUGUAAAAUGAUUUUUCGUAAAAAAAACUAUUUUUUUCAAAUGAUAAUUUUUUUUUCAUGUUUUUAUUUUAUUGUUAAAUAUUCAAUGAAAGAUUUAAAAUAUAAUUUGAUUUGAAAUUGAUGUGAUUUAUAGUGAUAUUUUGCUCUAAAAAAAGUUUACCGGUGUGUUGUAAAAACAUAAAAAAAUCCGUAUCUCACGCUCAUAUUUGCGAUAAUUUUUAUUUGUUUUUCAUCAUUUAAUCGAUUUUGCAUAUUGAAAGAGCCAGAAGAAGUGAUAUAAUUAAGUUUCAAGCGAAGAACGAAAUGAUUAAAGUGUUGUUUUUGUGUAUGAAAAUGUGCGACGGUUCAUUCAGACGUCUUUGUUGUGUGUUCAAAUAAACAUAAGUUGAGAUUGAAAAAAAACUGUUAGUGAAACGUCAGUGUAAAUGGGCGAAAUACACAACAAACAUUUGUGUUUACACUGUUCAAUUUCUCUGAGUAUGACACGAAAAUAAUCACUGAACUGAGCCAGAGCGUUAAAUUUUUUAACGUUAACAUGGAUAAAAAAAAACGUUACAUAUUUGCUUCAUGCAAUAUAUUAUUGGACGGUUUUUGUUGUUUUGAAAUUCAGAGUUUAUUGUUGCCUUUAAAAAAUUUAACAAGGAUAACUGGUCAAAAGAAUUUCACAGGAAAAAAAAACAUAAAAAAUUGAAUGACUAUUCUAUAUCUG